GGAGGGGAGGCGUUGGAGCGCAGCUCGCGGAUGAACCAGCAGAGGAGAAGGAAGCAGAACUCAUCUCCUUGCCAUGCCUCCGAAGAAGAAAAACUCGAGGGUCGCCAACAAGACUUCAAUCAAAAAGAAAAAGGUGGAUGCGUUUCUCAAGGAUUUUGACCGGGAAGUCAAGUUGCGCAUUGAACGCAUCCGGGUGGAAGAAGAGAUGCUCCUGAAAGAAGUUGACAACAUGUACGACAUGGAAAUCCUCCGCCAUCCUGUGGCCCUGAGGGAAAUGAACUGGCUCACCUUCUAUGGUGUCGGAGGAUGUGAGCAAGUCCUGGAGAAAGCCGUCUCGGUGGACUUGGACGUGCUGGAGAUCAACAAGCUGGCCUCUGAAGCUAUCCAGACGCCUCUCAAAACCGACAGGAAAGCCAAGAGAGCUCGCCAGGCCGCGGAGACCAUCGUCGAGGAGUCGGAGGGGCAGUCCUCUCCUCUGCCUGCGGGGAAGAGGUCCAAACAGCUGAGCGAGGAUCCUGCGCCACCCCAGCAGCAGAAAGCAGGGAAGGCAAAGGCGUCGGCCCGAAAGCCCAGGCCUCCCUCAGCCAGGUCUACUCGCUUCAGCAAAAGGGGAAGCAGAGUGAAGUUUGCCACCCCGGUUGGAGAGACAACGCAACAGGCCGUGACUGUGGCGCCCACUCCUAAGUUCGACCCCAGCCUCUUCAAGACGCCCGGCCUGCGGACCCCAGCAGCGCACGAGCGCGUCUUCACAGUGUCCGCCAACGGGAGCCCCCUUGCCGACAGCCGGGACAUUCUCCUCACGCUUCCCUCUGCCCGAGGGGAGAGCGUCUGUAUCCUGGCCAGCGAGGUCUCCAGGGUGGACCUGCGGUGCUUUGACUCGGAGAUGCUGGGGAAGGUGAAGAAACUAUCGACUCAGCUUGCGCAGCUCUGCAGCAGCGUGCAGAAAAAGUAGCGUCUGACAAAUGGAAAGCUGAAGCUCAGGGCUGGCUGGUGACGCCGCUCUAGAAGACACCGAGAAACCGAAUCUUCUGUCGCUUCCUAUUUAAGGGGGGGGGUUCAAAUCCAGCCCAAAGUCCCCAUCUCAGCCCAAGUUUUCUCAGCAUUUUAACUCUUCCCCCCAAGUGAAGCUUGAGUGGAGACUGCUGGGCAGGAGCCUCCCGGGAUAAAGAACAGGAUUCUCAUUCCGUCUUUCUACACGGUUUUAUUGUUUGUAACUCAAGGAAAAGCACUUUUGGGAACAUUUCUGUCCUUUUGCAGGCUCCCGCUAAAUCCCUCUGAACAAUGCCCCCCCUCCCCUUUGACCUUUCUGUUUUGGUGUAUAGAAACAUUUGACUUGUAUGGGUUUUUUUUUACCAGGUCUUAGCUACUAUGUUAAUUUAAAAGACGUGUCUGGUGUUUAUUGGCUGAAUAAAG